AUGGUUGAGAAUAUGAAAGGCUCUCCUCCUGACUUUGCCAGCGAAAAGGACUCUGUGUCCUAUAAACUGGCUCAUGCUCCUCCGUCUACCGUCCGCCGUGGUCCGUGGCUGCCUGACGAAGACCGUCGGCUUAUGUCCAUCAUCGCCGUCCAAGGUCCUACGAACUGGGUGCGUAUCCUGAGUCUGCUCGGCUCUAGGCUGCCUAAGCAGUGUCGUGAACGGUAUCAUCAGAAUUUGAAGCCUUCGCUUAACCGUAACCCUAUUACCGCAGAGGAAGGUAUGCUUAUCGAACAGCUCGUCGCCAAGCAUGGUAAAAAGUGGGCGGAAAUAGCCAGACAUCUUACCGGUAGAAGCGACAACGCUAUCAAGAACUGGUGGAAUGGAGGGGCUAACCGCAGACGCAGAGUAAGCCAUGUGUCCACUCUGUCUGGCGAUCAACACACCCCAGCUCUGACUGUGCUGGGUGCUAAUUCUGGCUAUAAUUCCGCCAUGGGCUCCGGUCCCAACUCUGCGCCCGUUUCGGCACCGGUGUCGAACUCAGGCCUGUUUUCCCAUCCAUCCAUGACCCAGUACGCCCACUUGCGUCCCCAGCUAGCCCAGUCUGUAUCGCCUCAGCGUUCUCGCCAUAAUUCCCUAAGUUCUGGCGUGGCUCCAGACGGCCAUGCUGUGUCCCAAUAUCCAAAAGUACCCCAGUUCUCACAAAUUUCGUUCAACACCUCGAUGUUUAGUGAGCUGGAUAAACGCUCGCAGGCGGGUCUUAAUGGGAUUCCUCCCCCUCCUCAGGGUCAUUUUCCACAGUUGUCGUCGGCUAAGGCACCCAUUCGUCUGGCAAGCAUCGACCACCCUACUCUCCCGCCAUUAUUGUCGAACUUCAACAAGCGUGUGGGAGAAGAGGACCGUCGCCAUUCUUUGAAUGCUACCUUGCCCCCUUCCACUCUGCCAGCACUGUAUCUGCAGCAGGCUCCAUACCUGGCCCACCCGCUCAAUAAUAAUCUCACUAAUCUGCCUACACAAGGUAUUAACAGCAGCCAUGGUGAUAGCUCACAUUACAGCCUGCCAGUGUCAUACAUUUCACGCCAGAAUUCCUUGAGCCAUGAUUAUAAACAUUCCUUUGCAUUACCGCUGGCUACUUCAAGCUCUCAUCCACUGAGACGCUCGUCGGUGGCCCCAGACUUGUUCCCCAAUCCGAUGGCUGGCCACGGCUCUGGGGACAUGUGGAUGAAGCGCAAUCAACUGCUGAUUCUGCUUCACUCGCCGUCCAUAAUGCCCAUCAACUCCAAUCCUAACCGCCUCUCGGUUAGCAGUGCCCUGGGACUCCUGGAUCACGGUAAGCCCCAGAACAACUACACCGGUCUGAGCAGCGCCGGCGCUCCUGCUCACUCGGCAGUAUCAAGCGACGCUACUUCUACAGCCUCUACGAACAUGGUGCCAGUGUCUGGAUCGAACUCUGGCAUCCCUUCGUACAAAAACCUCCUCCGCAGCAUCAACAGUACACCCAUCCCGGAGGAUAAGGAUCAGGAUGCUGCCGAGACAGACCGCAUCAAGGUACUGAAUCUAAUUGAGUGA